UACAAAUAUAUUCACCCCAUAAAAAGGGCACUUUCUCUGGAGGAAGAAAAAGGGCAGGGGCUCAAGCCCACUUUGAUGUCUAUAUGUGCACGUGCCUGCUCUGUGCCAUAUGUCCAGUCCUGUGUUAUAACGGCAGGUUGGCUACAGUUUAUUGUGUCAUCUUAUAUUCUCCCAAUUCUUCCACAGGGACCUGUGCAUUAUUGUAGCUUGGCCCUACCAGCCCUCCCUCUCCAGGUACCGUGCCGCUUCCGUCAUCUCUCCUCCAUUAACGGGAUGCUGGAGGGACCCAGACCACCCACGCACCGGCACGCUGAGGCCACGUUCAAGGGCUGCAGGAGUUUCUAAAACCUCGGUGACGAGGAGUAAUGAAGUGACUUCAUCGUGAGACUUUCUCUGUCACUCCUGGGUGGGCACAGUGAGCCACACAGAAGCCCUGGAGGGGGGGCUUUGAAUCCUGAUGACUGAACUCUUUACCUCACAUGAGUUGAAUGAGAAUGGAAUCUGUGGAUCUCAAAAGAACAAAUAUAGAUAAUAUGUGUUCUAUAUUUGUGUAAUAAGGCGCAGUAUUGUGUGAAAUAUAUCUUAUCAGGUUAUCACAUCGCAGCCUUGAUCAUUGUGACAUCAUGAUGGUGGGACCCCCCUUCCCCUCGUGUCUCAGGACUACUGCUAUCUAAAAAAAACGUUGGUUAAUCUGUGGGAACAGAGCACCUGUAGAGAGGGUGGUGGUCCUCCAGCAUCAUGGACUACCAUGCUGAGUGCUGCUUCUGUGACCCCGAGGAGGGCUAUGGCAGCCCGGAUGAGCCCCCCCUCCACAGUAUCCACGCUCAAAACCGCAUCAGGCCAUCAUCGUACCGAGCCCUGCGGAGCGCCGUGUCCAGUCUGGCCCGCAUCGACGACUUCUUCUGUGAGAAGAUCGGAUCAGGCUUCUUCUCUGAGGUCUUUAAGGUGCAGCACCGGAUCACAGGCCAGGUGAUGGCGCUGAAGAUGAACACGCUGGCUAGCAACAAAGCUAACAUGCUACGAGAAGUGCAGCUCAUGAACAGGCUCUGCCACCCAAACAUACUCAGGUAGGUCACAAAGUGU